CAUACCGUGUAACACCGAAUUUCGUUGUAGUUCAGACAAGAGGAACUAUGGCGGAGACGGUGGUCAGUGGGGCUAGGUCUGAUGUUAACUCUGGUGAAAGCACAACAACUAAUGCAAUGGCAUAUUUGCAAGAUGAGAAGCCUGAUUCAGAUCUGGUUCCUGCACUGAACCUGGGUGACUUAGACUUGACCACUGAUGAGUUUAUCUUGGAUGAAGUGGACAUACACAUCCAGGCCAAUCUGGAAGAUGAUUUGGUAAAGGAGGCCCUUAAAACGGGGGUCGACCUUCGGCAGUACUCAAAGCAAGUGGAAACUGAGCUCCAACGCAUUGAGCAGGCCUCAAUCAAAGACUAUAUUAAAGAGAGUCAAAAUAUUGCAUCUCUUCACAACCAGAUAACUGCAUGUGAUUCAAUACUGGAGCGCAUGGAGGAGAUGUUGAGCAGCUUUCAGAGCGACCUGUCGUCCAUCAGCAGUGAGAUCCAGACGCUGCAGCAGCAGUCCGUCAGCAUGAACAUGCGCCUGAAGAACAGGCAGGCCGUGCGGAGCCAGCUCAGCCAGCUGGUGGAUGAGCUGGUGGUGCCGGGAGCCAUGAUCUCUGUAAUACUAGACAGCCCUGUUACCGAGCAAGAGUUUAUGGAACAGCUGCAUGAGCUCAACAACAAGAUCAACUUUGCCAAGGAGCUCAGCUUUAGAGAGACCCUGGCCUGCUCAGACAUCCAGGACAUUGUGGACAGACUCAAGAUCAAGGCAGUGACGAAGAUCAGAGAGUUCAUCUUGCAAAAGAUCUACUCCUUUAGGAAGCCUAUGACCAACUACCAGAUCCCUCAGAACAACCUACUCAAGUACAGGUUCUUCUAUCAGUUCCUGCUCGCUAACGAGAGGUCGGUUGCCAAGGAGAUCAGAGAUGAGUAUGUGGACACCAUGAGCAAGAUCUACUACAGCUACUUCAAGUCCUACAGCAGCCGCCUCCUCAAGGUCCAGUAUGAGGACGUGGCAGACAAGGAUGACCUCAUGGGUGUGGAGGACACAGCUAAGAAAGGUUUCUUCUCCAAGCCAUCCCUGAAGAGCAGGAACACCAUCUUCACUCUGGGCCAGCGGGGGGCAGUGCUGAGUCCAGCCGAGCUGGAGGGACCCAUCCUCAUCCCCCACACCGCUCAGAGAGGAGACGUCCGGUACCCUUAUGAGACGCUGUUCCGAAGUCAGCACUUUGCGUUGUUGGAUAAUGGCUGCCGCGAGUAUCUCUUCCUGUCAGACUUCUUCAUGGUGGCUGGCAACUCUGCGUUGGACCUCUUCAACUGCAUCAUGGGAAAAACGCUCGGCAUGUUUCUGAAGAACAUCUCCACCUACGCCUCGGACUGUUAUGACAGCAUCGCCGUGUUUCUGUGCAUCCACAUCAUCCUACGGUUCAAAACCAUCACGGCCAAGAGGAACAUUCCUGCCAUGGACAAGUACUGGGAGGCAGUACUGGAGCUACUGUGGCCGAGGUUCGAGCUCAUCCUGGAGAUGAACAUCCAGAGCAUUCGCAACACCGACCCUCAGAAACUGGGUGUGUUGGACACAAGACCACACUAUAUCACGCGGCGCUAUGCUGAGUUCUCCUCAGCCAUCGUCAGCAUUAACCAGACAUUCCCCAACGAGCGCACCAAUGCCCUGCUGGCGCAGCUACAGGUUGAAGUGGAGAACUUUGUCCUGAAGAUGGCUGCGGAGUUCCCCUCCAGGAAGGAUCAACUCAUUUUCCUCAUCAACAACUACGACAUGCUGCUCAGUGUUCUGAUGGAGAGGGCAGCCGAUGACAGUAAGGAGGUAGAGGGCUUCCAGCAGCUUCUCUUGGCCAGAACCCAGGAGUUCAUAGAGGAGAUUUUGUCACCACCCUUUGGUGGCAUGAUUGCGUUUGUGAAAGAGAGCGAGGCCUUGAUGGAGAGAGGUCAGCUGGAUCGGCUGAAGAAUGAUGAAGCUCGGAUCACUCAGCUGGUGAGAGGGUUCUCCAGCACCUGGAAGCAGUCAGUGGAGGCGAUGAGUCAGGAUGUCAUGAGGUCCUUCACCAACUUUAAAAACGGCACCAGUAUCAUUCAGGGGGCUCUGACUCAGCUCAUCCAGUAUUACCACGGUUUCCACAAGGUCCUCUCGCAGCCGACAUUCCGCAGCCUGGCCGUACGCUCCGAGCUCAUCAAUCUGCACCAUCUGAUGGUGGAGGUGAAGAAACACAAGCCCAACUUCUGAUCAACGGACGGACUGAAGAGCUAAGCUCAGCCAGCCUGGUACAACAAGGAGCCAGAGAACAAGGAGUGUGGUCAGGGUCAACAACAUCACCGUACCCAUGAGAACACACCAGAGGAUCCAGAGGACUGUUAGGGCUCGUACACUGCAACUGCACUCUAAUGGCCGUUUCCCUUGUGGUUGUGGGGUCUGAAUUCAGAACAAGGUGCUGUUGUAUACCAUUGAAGGGAGGCACUGCUGGAAAAUGUUAACACUGGAUAAGAAGGUACCUUUACUUGUGUGGAAGUUUCUGGCAUGUAAAAAGUGGACAUAUGAUGUAUAUAUGUGCUUUGUACGUACACGUAGGCAUUCCAGAUAUUUUAACCAUGGAACAGUUGGAGAAAAUUUUGAAAGCAUUCUAAUGGGUAUUAUGAUUAAUAUAUUUAACUUAUGCAGAUAUGUUGUCGAUUCUUGUGUGGUCCCAUCAUGUAGUGUUAAUGAUGGAAGUCUUCUACCUGGCAAAAAAGUGAAUCUCUUGCUGUUGAAUAAACUAUUCUGAUUACUGCUUUUGUCUGUUGCAAGAAUGCUGUGCCUGUAUACACUGCUGGGGAGACAAUAAAGUGAUUUGAACUGAU